AUGCAGCCCAACUCCCAUGACUCCUCCAAUAAAGGUUUAAGAAGACUACCAAGUAAUGAAACUAGCCUCCAAACUUGGGAAGUGGGAAACCUGCAGCUACGGGGAAAGAAAACUGUUACAACUCUGGGUGAAGUCCCAUCUCUUUCAGAAUCAAGAGUUUCAGUUCAAGUGGAGGGUGCUGAGUCUCUUGCCUCAACUACAGCAGAAUCAGAGCAAGCAAAUGUAUCCAGGAAAAGUGCCAUCUCACUAGUGAAGCAUCCUUUACUUAGAAGACAAGCAUGGGUAGAUUACAGCUUUGCCACUACUGUGGAAGAUCCUUGGGUCCAAAUUUCAGAUUGCAUCAAAAAUUUAUUUUGCCUCACCAUGAGUGAAGACCAAGGUCACUUAGAUCUCAAGUCUAACGUCAGUUCCAAUGAAGAAAACUGCAAAUGUGGCCUCUUUGAUGGGAUGUUACAGAAGCUUGAAGCUGCAGUUGACAUUUCCAAAGGCUACAAAGCUGAAGAAAAUGGCAAUGUGAAGAAAGGUCCUCUAGUAACCCCCAAACCAGCUUGGUUUCUUUAGAGUUUGAAAGGACUGCAGAACCAAUCUGGAACAACAGACCCCAAAACACUAUCAAAUCAAAGCACUCCUGCCCAACCCAUUCCCACUUUGAAGGAGUGCUCUCUGUUCUCAGGCAGAGCUUCAUCAAUCAAACAAAGGAUCAGUUCUUUUGAGAUGUUCAGUACUUCUCAUCCCCCAGAGAAAGGAAACCAGAGGCUGGUUUCCAAGCUUUCCCUCUCAGAGAGAGAAAAAUCUGGUAAACAAGAUGCAGAAUUCACCACUGGUCUCUUCUCUCCAGGUACCCACCAUACUACUGAGCAGCAGGCUUUUGCAAAGACCCCUCUGCCCCUGGACUCAUAUGCUAUUUCAGUUCCCAAAGACUCAGAUUCAUCUGAUUCACCCCCGCCAACAUGUCCAUCCAGCCCUCAGGAAAGCCACAACACUGACAGUGAUCUCCUGAGUCUGCUCCAGGCAAAUAUCACUGAGUCACAGUGCCUCCUUGUGAAUAAUGCUGUAAUCCAGAGAGCUCAGAGCUUCCCCCUAUCCAUGCAGCAGGCUUGUGAGAUGAAGGUGACAGAGGAGAAAUCUAGCAAGCUCUACUGCAUCAGCAGCCAGGUGUCAUCAGCUUUAAUGGAAUCUUUCCUCUGCCUUCCUCCAUCUCCAGUCUCCUGUGGACAUAGUCCAUGGAACCCUUGGGAAAGAUCUACUCCAACAUCUGUGGAAGAUAAGAGGGUUGUCAGUCUUUUAAAUGAAAAUGCUUCUAUGGACAUGGGGUUUUUAAUGAACCUUUCUGAACUGAAAGACUUUUCUGAGAGUCUGACAGUGAAUGAGGAGGCAGAGGAGGGUAGCAACUCUCCUCAGUCUACAAGUGGAUCUGGCCAAUCUGUCAUCUCUCUACUUACUCAGGAAGAAUUAAGGAAGCUUAUAGAGGAAGUGAAAGCUCUAGACAAAGCAAAAUUAAAGCAAUUUGACAGCAUUUAUGUUGCCAUUUUGCAUAAGGAAGAAGAGGCUGGCCUUGGAUUCAGUUUAGCAAGAGGAGUUGAUCUAGAAAACAAGGCAAUCACAGUUCACUGAGUAUUUCCUAAUGGACUAGCCUUUCAAGAAGGGGCAAUACAGAAAGGAGAUGAGAUCCUUUCCAUUAAUAGGAAAUCUCUUAAAGGCUCCACACAUAAUGAAGGCUUGGCCAUCAUCUGGCAAGCUCAAGAUGCAAAGCAGGCCGAUGUCAUUAUGAGGAAAAUGCAGGAAGGUGAGAAAGAGCUGCAUUUUUCCAUUGAGUCUGCAUCUUCAGCAGUCAGUGAGGUUUCCACAGAAUCAACAACUGAAGUUACCAUCUGUACUGUAACUGUCAAAAAGACAUCUGCCAGUUUAGGAUUCAAUCUGGAAGGAGGAAAAGGUUCAAUUCAUGGAGAUAAACACAUAUCAGUUAACAGAAUUUUCAAAAGGGUAGCUUCAGAACAAGGUGAUGCAGUCCAGCCAGGAGAUGAAAUAUUGCAGUUCAACACCACCACGAUGCAGGUAAUUACUAGUUUUGAAGCCUGGAACAUUAUCAAGUUUUUACCUGAUGGGCCCAUCAUGGCUGUCUUCAGGAUAAAAGGCCUCCAUCCCUCCCUGGUCAAAUCUUCUCAACAGUCCCAGGGGAAGAACUGA